AUGGCGUCUACUGGCUGCUCAACUGGAGGACGACGCCUUCUCAUCAGUGACCGGGUUACUGGUACUAAAUUUCUCAUAGACACUGGUUCUGAUCUCUGCUGCUACCCACGUCACCUACUACAAAACAGACCACAACGUGUGGACUACGACUUGGUUGCAGCGAACUCAUCACAAAUUCACACCUACGGUUUUAGAAAUUUUGGCCUAAAUCUAGGUUUGCGACGCAUCUUUGCAUGGAAAUUCAUCAUCGCUGAUGUCACCAUGCCCAUCAUUGGAUCUGAUUUUCUUGCUCACUACGGAAUUCUUCCUCACUGUCGCAAUCAACGCUUGAUUGACUCAACAACUAAUUUAACAGUAAGAUGUCAAACUUCUGAUGCCUCUGUUCCUAGAGUGAAGACCCUCACUGAGUCCUCUCUAUUCCACGCUGUGCUUGCUGAGUUUCCUACCCUCACUCGUCCGGCUGGAACACCUCGUGAGGUGAAGCAUAAUACGUUACACUUCAUCAAGACGACGCCUGGCCCUCCAAUCUCUUGCUGA